AUGAGUCAUCCAGUGAGCAAGCCACCCUCUAAAUUAACUUUAAAACCAUUGGAUUUUCAACAACCACCAAAAAAUACUACAGAAAAACCACCUUCCGAUUCGACAGAUGUUAAUCGUAUACCUAGUCGACCAACUUCAUCAACAUCGAACCAUCGUGAUCUUAGUACUGGCCAACUUCAUUUGUCUGAUACAAAAGUCUAUAAAUUUACAGCCAAUGAUUUAAUUGAUCGUGGUGUUAUUGGAGAAGGUAAUUUUGGAAUUGUAUGUAAAAUGGAACAUGCAAAAAGUGGAAUGAUAAUGGCAGUAAAACGAAUUCGUUCAACUGUUGAUGAACGAUGUCAAAAACAAAUGCUCAAUGAAUUAGAUAUUGUCAUGCGUGAAAAUACUUGUCCACAUAUUGUUAAAUUUUAUGGAGCUCUCUUCAAAGAAGGAGAUUGUUGGAUUUGUAUGGAAUUAAUGGAUACAUCACUUGAUCGUUUUUAUAAAUAUGUUUAUCAUAAACUUAAUCAGUGUAUACCUGAAAGUGUUCUUGCUUAUAUAACUCUUGCCGCUUUAGAAGCGCUUGAUUAUAUAAAAUCUCGUUGGCAAAUUAUUCAUCGAGAUGUAAAACCAUCAAAUAUAUUAGUUUCUCGAACGACAAUUAAACUUUGUGAUUUUGGUAUAAGUGGUCAGUUAAUUGAUUCAAUUGCUAAAACACGUGAUGCUGGUUGUCGACCAUAUUUACCACCUGAACGAAUCGAUCCAUUACGAGCUACACGUGAUGGUUAUGAUGUUCGAUCCGAUGUUUGGUCACUUGGCAUUACUAUUUAUGAAAUUGCCACAGGAUAUUUUCCAUUUCGAGAAUGGACAUCUGUAUUUGAUCAAUUACAACAAAUUGUAGAAGGUCCUCCCUUACGACUUAACGUUGAUCGUCUUUCAAAUAAUUGCAAAGAUUUUGUAAAUACAUGUUUGAAUAAAGAUGAAAAUCAAAGACCAAAAUAUAAAAAAUUAUUAGAACAUGCAUUUGUACGAAAAGCAGCAACGCCACAACAAACUGAAAAUAUAGCGGCUUAUUUUUCUGAGAUAAUUGAUGGACUCGCAGAAAAUACGGAUACAUUUGAACUUUAUUAUUAUUUACCGUCUGAUUCUUCAGCAACAUCAAAUCCUCGGUGA